GCCAGACCCCGCCCCCCUGCUCCCGGCCUGCUCCGCGGUGAGCAGCGCAGACGCAGUGGGCUCGGCAGCGGCGGCCGCCAUCAUGUCGGAGAAGAAGCAGCCGGUGGACCUGGGGCUCCUGGAGGAGGACGACGAGUUUGAGGAGUUCCCGGCCGAAGACUGGGCUGGUUUAGAUGAAGACGAGGAUGCUCAUGUUUGGGAAGAUAAUUGGGAUGAUGACAACGUGGAGGACGACUUCUCCAAUCAGUUACGAGCUGAACUGGAGAAACACGGAUACAAGAUGGAGACCUCAUAGCAGUGCCCAGUGCUGGGGGAGAUGGAGGAGCGUCCUGUAGAACUGUCGGCAACACCUGGAAGACGAGGCGGGAGGGAGUAAGAGGAGCCAGGGCUGCCAGGGACCUGGACCCCGCAAGGCCCCUCCUCUGUCUGAUACCAGGAUGUAUUUUCAUUUAAGGUCAAUAAGAAUAAAUGGUUUGAAUCCCA